AUGGAGGGCACUCUCUGCAUGGAGUGCAGACUCCACUGGGAAUACACUCUUCGCAGCGAGUGCAUCCUCCACACGGAGUACACCCUUCGCACAGAGUGCAGUCUUUGCAUGCAGUGCGGCACUUUACGCAUAGAGUGCAGACCUCAAACAGAGUGCAGCUUUCGCACAGAGUGCUGCAAUCGCAAAGAAUGCAGCCAUCGCAAGGAAGGCAGACUUCGCAUGGAGUGCUGCCUUCGCAUGGAGUGCUGCCUUCACAUGGAGUGCUGCCUUUGCAUGGAGUGCUGCCUUCGCAUGGAGUGCUGCCUUCGCAAGGAGUGCUGCCUUCGCAAGGAGUGCUGCCUUCGCAAGGAGUGCUGCCUUCGCAAGGAGUGCUGCCUUCGCAAGGAGUGCUGCCUUCGCAAGGAGUGCUGCCUUCGCAAGGAGUGCUGCCUUCGCAAGGAGUGCCGCCUACGCACGUAG